UGGUGCGCGCUGCCGUGGUGCACGCAGCUGGCUCGAGGAGCUCCGAGUCGAUAAGAGAGAGGACUUUAAAUCCCGGCGAUCACACGCGCCGCGCUGCUUUCCGGUGGCGCGUAUAAGAGGAGGCGGGAGACCGUACACACGCGGUCGGAUUUUGAACGCUCGUGUCUCGCCUGUUGUUGUUGUUGUUAUUGUUAUUGUGCGGGGUUUUGUUUAGUUUUGUUUUGAACUGAGUUGGUGUGCGCCGCGUGCUCCGUGGAUGGGGCCCGCGCGCCGCCGCGCUCCGCUCCACCAAGCGGGCCGACGGUAGCGCGCGACUCGCGCCGCACGGGACCAUGGUCGAGAGGAGCGGCAAGUUCCUGUUCGCCGUCGUCGGCUCGGCGCUCUUCAUGCUCAUCCUCUAUCAGUACGCGGCGCCCGGCGGCGUGACGUCCAACUUCGGCUUGCCGCGCGCCUAUGCGCCCGAGGACGACGACGCCGACGCGUUCCCCACUCCCGACCCGCACUACGUCAAGAAGUACUACUUCCCCGCGCGCGACCUCGAGCGCGCUGUCGACUUCCAGAUCAAGGGCGAUGACGUGCUCGUGUUCCUGCACAUCCAGAAGACCGGCGGCACCACGUUCGGCCGUCACCUCGUGCAGAACGUGCGUCUCGAGCUGCCCUGCGACUGCCGACCCGGUCAGAAGAAGUGCACGUGCUACCGGCCCAACCGCAAGGAGACCUGGCUGUUCUCGCGCUUCUCCACGGGCUGGAGCUGCGGACUGCACGCCGACUGGACCGAGCUCACCAACUGUGUGCCGGGGGUUAUCAAUAAGAAGGAGAGCAAACUGAAAAGCCAAAGGAAGUUCUACUACAUCACCCUACUGAGGGACCCGGUUUCACGCUACCUCAGCGAAUGGCGACAUGUCCAGCGAGGCGCCACCUGGAAGACGUCACUGCACAUGUGUGAUGGACGCACACCGACCCCAGAAGAGCUUCCACCCUGCUAUGAAGGCACAGACUGGUCGGGCUGUACCUUGCAGCAGUUUAUGGAGUGCCCCUACAACCUGGCCAACAACCGGCAAGUGCGCAUGUUGGCCGACCUCAGCCUAGUGGGCUGCUACAACAUGUCUUUCAUCCCUGAGAAGAAGCGUGCUCAGAUCCUGCUGGAGUCAGCCAAGAAAAACCUACGUGACAUGGCCUUCUUUGGUUUGACGGAGUUUCAACGCAAAACACAGUACCUAUUUGAGCGCACCUUCCACCUCAAGUUCAUCCGACCAUUUGUGCAAUACAACAGCACACGUGCAGCCGGCGUUGACCUGGACAACGAUACCAUCCAGCGCAUCGAGGAGCUUAAUGAGCUGGACGUGCAGCUUUACGACUAUGCGCGCGACCUUUUCCAGCAGCGUUAUAUGUAUAAGAGGCAAUUGGAAAGGCGUGAGCAGAGGCUGAAGAACCUUCGACGCUCGUCUGGCUCUAUAGUUUCUCCCAUGUCCCGGGAUGAGGUGGGUGACUCGGAAGCCUCGCGGUUGUCCACAGAAGACUACAUGAACCAUAUUAUUAAUCGCUGGUAGUAGGAUUGAAGGAAAAAGAGGUGCGGAAGCUUGGGGAAAUGAGGAAGGUGCUGCCGACCUCUGUGUCGGUGACUGGUAUUCUCAGCCCCCUAGAUUGUGAGCUACUGACCCUUACCAGGAAAUCUUGACAUCCAGUAAGCUCUUUCUGCCUGGAUCAUGCCUAGAAUGAUGUGAGGCUGAAGACCUUAAUGACUCAAGGCACUAAGCCCAGCCUUCAGCUUAAAAAGAGUUGAGUUCUAUGGGUUGAAUAACUCAUAAAUGCUAAAGACUAUAGGAAUUCUGUGCAAGGAAUACCUUAAGAGAAUGAUCAAGGGAACAUUGUAUAGUUAUUUGCCUAAAUGUCUGCUGCCAUUUCAGCCAUGGUUUUGAAACAAUGAUGUUCCAUAUCAUAGUUUGGAUGUUUUGUUUUCUUUUCAGGGUUCUUUCAAAUGAUUUUGUUCCCACCUCCUACAAGAGGUGUUUUUAAAGCACUGAGACCAACUAUGCUGCCUAAAGUCUAUUGUAUGCAAUUUUUCAGCUUUGUUUAGUCAUUGUUUAAAGAAGAAGAAGAAGAAGAAGAAGAAGAAGAAGAAGAAACUUGAGAAGAAUUGUUUAAUUUUAUUUUGUCAUUAUGUUCGUUUUUAUGACCAGAUAUGUGUGGACCAUAGCCAUUAUUUAAAUCUACAGCAUACUGUACGGCGUUAAGUUAGCUAAAGGUGAGAGCUAAAUCUGAGAUGGAUUUAACUAGCACAGUCCCAAAUGUUACUCUGUGUUCACACUGGCCACAACAUGCUAUGACAAAGCAGCCGGAAGUCAUGCAUUUUCAACGACAGAUAGCAAUUAGAGUGGCAAGAGGCGAAGCAACCAUUUGCGAUUCGGAGUGGGAGGGGCAGAGCAAGCAAUGCAAAACACUUGAGUGGCAUUAUGCAAGUAGGAAGUGAAAAAUUUUGGCGACUACCAAAGGGAGCGAGAGAUUGGGGUAUAUUUGCCCCACAGUUAUAAGUGUUUUUUUGAUUCCAGAUACUGGUUCCCAGUCACAGCUCCCGAACCAGCCAAUGACAUUCACUUUGCUGAGCUUGAAGUGUAUGACGUGUCUAAACAGAAUUCUGUCAGUGUUCAUGCUGCAAAUGGUUGUCGAUGUUAUUGCGGGGAUUAGUCGACGUGUUCAAAAACAAAUCGCGUGUGCCAUUAAUACACGAUCAUUUUCGAUUCAAUUUCAUUUGUAUAGCGCUUUUAACAAUAGACAUUCUCACAAAGCAGCUUUACAUAAAUCCAGAUGCAGCUCUAGAUCCCUCUAGACAGAGCAAGCCAGAGGUGGCAGUGGCAAGGAAAAACUCCCCGAGACGUCAUGAGUAAGAGACUUGUAGAGGAAGUUAAAAGGGAAGCCAUCCUCUUCUGGGUGACACUUAAUAGUGUGAUUGUAAACGAUUACACUGUAUGGAUACAGAACAGUUAAGCCAAACAGUACAAAGUGAUUCAAAAGGAUGUUGAGAGUCCUAGGGUGAGCACAGGACAGGCUUUACUACUCCAGCAGUAGUCUUUGAUGAUUUGUCUUUAAACAGGUGGUUUUGCGUAUGUUCUGUAGCUACAGUACAUAUGUAGUUUGUACAGUUAUAGCACACACUAGCCAAGAAAUAGCAGGGAAACCAUAGCAAAUGUCAGUAACUCAGGAUGUGAACACCUACUAGCAACAUACACGGGCAGUGUGAACGCAGGGUUAAAGGAUACUGCUUAAUACCUAGGGUUAGGGUUAGUAUGGGUUAGGGUUAGGAUUAGGGUUAGGGUUAACCCUAACCCUAGGCUUAAUACCUACAUGGAAGACAUCUUGAUUUAAAGGGGAAUCUAUGCUUUAUUUGAUUUUUAACCUGUGAUAGGAUCUGCAUGUCAUGACGGAAAUGGAACAGAAUGUCAACAGACUGAGUCAGGAAACAAAAAAGUUUCAGAUCAUAGUGAAAAACAGACAGCCUUUUUAAAUGUCAUCAAUGCUCUCAGUUCCCCUUGACUACCCAUUUUUGUAUGGAUGAGGAUGGAUGUGUCCAUUAUUUAUACAUUCUAUGUAGUCUGAAUGUGAACACCAUGGAUUUUCUUUUGUGUGUGUGCGUGUGUGUGUGAUGAUGAUGAUGAUGAUGUCUUGCCAUGGUCUGCAGGGACUGAAGCUAAAGUCAGUUAUCACAGGCCUCCGCUAACUGCUCUCAUUCUGUCAACAACUGCACUUGACAAAUAAACCCGACCAAGCCUGAGGAACGAAACGGUGACAUUUGGAAAUGUGAGUUGGCACCACUGGAAAUCUAGCCAUCUUCAAGCUAGCAGAACAAACAAUUGUAUGUCUGUUCAUUCCGUCGGACUAUGAAAAGCAAGAAACUACUGUUUUUGGUGAGCGCAAAUGCAUAUUUAACCAAAUGCGAAAUACUUUAUACUACAAAAGAAGCUUGGCGUGAAGUGUUUUCAAGGUUGCCUUUUCUCUAAAGUCAUUCUGUUGAUUGGCAACCCAUAGUGGGCAAUCCGGUGUUCACGGAACAUAUAUUAAUGUCCAACAUGCAGACUAAUUACAAACCUUCUUAAAAAGCUACACUGUCCCCCGACGAUGGCGGUGAACGUCGUCUCCAGUUUGUUUGUCCAUCACAUUCCAUUUGCUCCAAUUUUUGGUUCUUAGCAUUGCACAAAUGUAUCACUGAAAGCCACAAAUAAAAGAAAUUUCAUUUUUAUAUAUGAA